AUGAGUGCAAUUCUAUAUAAUGUGAAAAUUUUAGAUAACAUCUGCCGUUACAGUACUUCUCGUAUGACAGCAUUUCAAGCCAAUGUAAUUGCAAAAUCAUUUGUUGGUCCGGUCACCACGGCCACAACGAUCAAUGUUCGUCAUAAAAGUGAAAUAAAAAUGGCUAUUAUGCAAGGCGUUGGAGGCGUAUUGCUAUUCAUAAUAGGUAUUACCAGCAUUUUCGUGUUGGAUGGACACUUCGCUUCCUUUGCAGUCAUUGAUGCCAUUUUGUUCAUGUCUAGCAGUUACCUCGGUUUACUAAAAGUGAAAAGGAGGAAGCCAGGAGUACUGUGUGUUACGGGCGGGUUCGGAAUAAAUGCCGCUGAUAUAAGAUCAGAGCAAGUGGAGACAGCUUUCAUGGCACUUUCAUCAUAUGUCGUAAUGGUAUCUACAAUAACUAUAGGUAUCAUCGUAUACCAAUACACUACAGCAGAUUAUGAAGGGCUUCAAUUAGCAUUGUUAAUGAUGGCAUUAGCACUUUCCGUUGUUGCCGUAGUAUGUGCGGGCAUUGCAGCUUCCUGUGCAGGCAGGCACAGUGGAUCAUGCUGUGGCGGAAGGAAGGACACUUCGGCGGAAGAUGAACGGAUGUAG